CAGGGCUUGGGGCCCCGCCCCUCCAAGGCGACAGGGCGGGGCCUAUGGCUGGCCUUCCCGGGCCAGCCAGGGGCUCCGAGGCCAGUUGUCGGAGUUCAGCUCUUGACUGCGCACUGUCUGCCUCUUCCUCCGCCUUGUCGUCCCUGUGCCGACUCUUAGCGUCAUGGAGGGGGCUUCCACCGUGGUGUCCGGCUUCCUGGCCAAGCUCUGGGCUCUGGUCGACGACUCGAGCACCGACGACGUGAUCGGCUGGAGCCGGAAUGGCCAGAGCUUCUCCAUCUUGGAUGAACAGAAGUUUGCCAAAGAAUUGCUUCCCAAAUACUUCAAGCAUAACAAUCUGUCCAGUUUUGUCCGCCAACUCAACAUGUAUGGUUUCCACAAAGUGGUCGCAGUGGACAGUGGGGUGGCUGCCCCAGAGAAGACCAUGACAAUUGAGUUCCAGCACUCGUUCUUCAAACAAGGAGAACCAAACCUUCUGGAGAACAUCAAGCGCAAGGUGCCAUCUGGAAAAAUGGAGGAUCUCAAAGGGUCUUCUGAUGACCUGCAGAAAGCUCUCGCUGAACUACAGGAGGUCAGAGAGCAGCAGGUCGGUGUGGACAACAAGCUGGCGAGCAUGAAGAGGUCAUUGCCAGAUGCGUCUGGUUCCCCGCCUUCGAAGCUCAGCUGCCAGUGUGCCCCGAUCCCCGUGGAGAGUGGGGAAGCUGAGGAUGUGCUAGACUCUGGUCCUUCAGUUGACAAUGACUCCAGUGCGAUCAUGAUUCAAGAUGUCACCAGUUCUGUGGAUGAUGGCCUCAUUGGGCUUGUUACUCCAUUAUCUCCAUCUCAAACUCUGAAUUUAAUUGGAUCUCCAUCUUUUUCUGGAGAACCGUCAGACCUCCUUGAAGGGGGUGACCACAUAUCUCCAGUGCAUAUGAUGCCAUCAUUCGGCCUGGAUUUGGAUAUGACUAACUGCCCACUUCAAAUCACUGAGGAUUCCCUGGAGGCUGAUGACAUUGGGGACCUCCCUCUGGACCUUCACUCCUCCCAGACCAGUGACUCUGAAGACACUGCUGCAGUCAUUGACUCGAUCUUGAAUGGCGACCAUCUGUCUGACCAGAGCAUGGGAUUUAUGAACAGGGAUGAGAUGCAGGAUUUUAUGAAUUGUAUUGAAACUAAUCUGGAGGAUCUACACUCCAUGCUGGCUGCGAGGAAACUGGCUGAGGACACUGGACUCAUGUUUGAGGCUUCAACUCCUGAAUUUCCAGACCUGAACAUGAAUGAAGCAGGACCCUCAUCCAGCAUGAAUGAUGUCCUGGAUCUCCCAGAUAUUGCUGGAGAAGACGGAAUGAUGGAUGAAUUUGGAGCUGCUGAAAACAGAGACAUGCAGCUAGUCCAAUACAUGGGCAACCCUCUGCUUUCGCUGUUUGACGACUUGCCUUCCUUUGAAGACAGACCCCAAGAUGAUAGAGAUCUCCUGGCCGAAUUCGAGGAUGACAACAAUAUGCCCACCUUCUUGGAGGAUUCUGAUGAUCCUCUCUGCUUGGUAGCCCCUAGCCUGUCAGAUGAUUCUGAGAAUCCACUCGAAUCUUUUGAGUCCCCAUUGCUCUUGGAGGACCCCAAUGGGGAGUAUAAGCUGUUCCCCCUGUUGCUUCUCAGCCCUGUUGCUAGCUUCAUCGAAGAGGCCACAGAAAUGGAAAACACCACCUGAACCUCUGGGGCUACACCCCCCCCCGCCUACCUUCCUCCCCAAGUACACAAGGCCCCCCACCAUCUGGGCCAUUUGUCUGUAACCCACUCACACUGUCAAAAGGCAGGCCCUUGGGAGUGUGAGUGGGUUACUAGAAAUCUCGUGUCAUCUGGGAUAGAAGUCUACAUGAGGAGGAAGGUGUGGCGGACACUGGAGGCAGGGGAAGGGUCCCAUUCAUUCCAAGCCAAAAUUCUCAGCUGCAAUUUGUAGGGUAUGCUGUUCUUGUGUAGGUGAGAAAGCCGUCUAAGAUUUCCAUAUUUUGUGAUCCAGGGACAUUUGCACCAUGAGAUCUCCCUUCCCAGGAUUCCUCUGGGCCUGGCCCGUUCGGUCUGUUGAAUCAAAAGAAGCAGGUUACUUUUCCUAGUGAUUCCAACACAGAGCAAAGCUUUUUCCUUAAGUUUGCAAGUCGGUUUUUCUGCCUAACCGUGUGUUCCUCUUUUUCUACUCUUAGACAAAAAUCUAGUUUGAUUAUUUACAAUUUUCUUUUCCUAUGGAAAAUGGAAUUUUGACUACGGAGUGUUAUUUUUACAUAUGGCUGCCCCACUUGUUGCCCUGUGAUCUUUCCCAGGGCUGGCCUUCCGUAAGAACCCACAGGAGUCCCACCAAGGCCAAGGCGGGCUCCUGGGGGUCUUGGGAAGGAAGCCCAUACCAUUUCUCCAUAAGCUAGUUGCCUUGGAUGCCCCUUAGGAAGAUUAAUGAGAAAAAGUUGAUGCUUGAGGCUUCCCAAAUUCCCAUUCAGCUUGUCCCUUCAUUCUGGCACCUUGGCCAGGCUCAGCGCUCUUAGGUAGACCAGACAGAUAGCUCCCUUUGUAGGCAAUGACGCUUUAAAAGUUGGGGGGUGGGGUGGGGUAAGGGUGAAAGUGAGGGGGUGGGGAUGGGGGUGGGGUGGGAUGAGGACAAAGGUGAGGGAGGGGGUGGGGGGUGGGGAUGAACAUGGGUGGGGGGUGGGGGGGCAACAUUUUUUCCAGUAUCAUCUUUGUUUUCUCCAAAGUACCAAAAAGCCAGUAGCAAAAUGUAACUCUAAAGGUAUCUCCAUCUUAGUUUGCACAUUUCUUCAACAUCUAAGAUAUUUAUAUUUUGUGUAGUGUGCAUUAUGAGAACCGCCAGCUGCGAACGAUGUCUGCUUUAGUUCCCUGUACACCCCAUUUUUCCCAUUAGCUUUGCUUCUGUAGUCCCAUUUGGGGGGUUUGCUUUGUUUUUAUAGUGCUCUUACUGCUUCCUUUAUACAUACUUUCAUGGGCUUUUAGCACCUUCCCCGGAAAGAAUACCUAUCGGGGAAAAUCGUAGUUUGGCAAAUAUUAGGACUUCCAGCAGCAUUGCCUUCCAGACAGCAUGUCCUCUUACAACACAUCUACCGACAUCUUCAAGGUCUUAAGUGAAGACCCGAGGUUCAUACAAAAGUUCAUAUUGUUACAAUUGGUGCAACUCGCACAUUGUCAAGACUGUUGUCUCCUGCCGUGUGGUUCUAAUGCUGUCUUGAGUUUUUUUUUUUACUUAAGAUUAAUAAAGAAUUUCAUCACCAUCA